AUGAACAGUGGUGCAAGGCCAAGUUACCAACAACCGGUAAGAUAUAUACUUUAAGGGUGUGCCUGGCUCUCGGUGAAUGAAAACGAGCUUUCCAUUCAACUGAGGUUCAACACCGCCGCCUGGUUAGCUCAGUGGGAUAAGCGCUGGUCUGCUGAGCGGGAGGCCGUAGGUUCAAACCCUGGCCGGACCAAACACUCAGGGUCUUUAAAUAAGUGAGGAGAAAGUGCUGCUUUUGUAAUAACAUCUGCAAACGGUUUGACUUUCUAGUCUUCUCGGAUAAGGACGAUAAACCGCGGGCCCCGUAUCACAAGCCCUUGCACAUGUAAUAAAAAUCUGUGGGACGUUAAAGAACCCACACACUCUUCGUAAAGAGUAGGGCACGUAGUGCUCGGUGUAGCGGUCUAUCUCACUUUCACACUCAUGUAUGGGGGCAUCAUUACUCAUUCCUUCAUUACUUGGAAACUGCACCUUAAGCAGUCUGGCAAAGUUCCCCAAGCCCUGAGGGGAGUGAAUAACAUGAUAUUUACAUUUACACAUUUACAACACGUAAAGUAAAAUAAUUAGGAAUAGAAGCCAUCAAGAGUUUGAAAAUAGCAAAAUGGCCAGAGAGAUGACGCACUUGUAGAAAUCAUUCAGUGAAUUUACUGUUUCUUAAAUCAUUAUCAUGAAAGUUAUUCUUUUAGAUUGGCAAGUAAUAAGUGCCUUUUUUUCGAGUUUUGUUUACUGGGUGAAUAGUAAUAAAUUUAAAACUCUCGUGGCGAGAAAGGAGCACUAGCAGCAAGAAAUCUGGACAAGUGAGCGCGCUCGAGGGUGUACAUUGUUCCUUCUAGGACAUUCAAGGAGCCAUAAAAGCAGGAUAGCAGCGCGCUGCUUUACAAAUGAGCACUACAAAAAAGUGGAUAAAUCGGUGCAAACUCCGGCUAAUUUCUCAAAGAAAGUAGAUUUACAAUGUCAUACUCUACUCGAUUUUUAGGUACAGUAUGGAUGAAGGGGUAAUUUUAGCAUUAUUUCAAGAAUACGACGUGUUUCGGAUGUAUCAGUAUCCAUCGCCAGUUCACAUAAUUGUGACCUUAUAUAAAGUUUGAUAACUAACUUUAUGGAUCAUAAUGUUGAAUGUGAUUACGAUUUAAUUUACUUGAAGACUCUUAUUUUCAUGUUCUCUGUCAUUUAUCUUGAUUUCCAUCCACCUUUUGAGUUGUAUUAGCGAAAUUAAUUACAUAAAACUAUGAUAAUUGUGAUCAGUUAGUCAAAGUGAUUUUACUCGAACCGUGAAAUAGGUAGUAGAAUACUACGCAAUAUUUGUUACUAUCUGUUUCACGCUACAAGUAAAAUCACGGCUCUAUAAUCAUCACCUUUUGCAAUUAUCGUCCUUUAUUGUCUAUCUUUAUGUAUGAUUACAAUUUUGUGAACUUUAGUAACCUGACGAUGGAUGUUGAUGUAUCCCAAGCGCGUCGGUUGUGUUCUUUAAAUGUUCAGUUUUCAUUUUACUACUUCUGAAUUUCGAUUAGCGAUAAAUUAUAUAAGCUUUAUUUUUAUCACCUCAGUUAGAUUCAGAUUCUAGGUAAGUGCACUGACUCGUUUUAACUUCUUGCUUGCAGUUAAGUUUAAAGUCACUUGCGGAGAAGGCAUUCUUGCAUGUGGAUACUUGGUCGGGAUUUAACAUGCUCACAGCGUCUGUCGUUGAAGGGAAUUACGACUUUUUUUACAAGGCGCACGGGCAACUCAGUUCUUUGGAAAUACUAACGGCAGCUGUAGCUGAUACUCUCGCAAAUCUUGAAACCAAAAGGCCUGGUCAUCACAAAAUCGAAUGUUUAAACCAAAAGUUCGUGGAUAUAGUCAAUUCACUGUCAGAGCUGCACCAGUGUAAACGCGGUAACGAUGCGGAGAAGGCAGUAGAGCUUGUAUUAAAUGAUGGCCUGGAUAUAAACACCCCUGCAUUGUGUAAUCGCACACCUUUGUUGUGGGCGAGUCUAUCAUCCUCUGGUGAGUUUAUUGAGACCCUUAUCGACCUUGGUGCUAACGUUAAUGCUCAAAGAGCCGAUGACAAAGAUACACCUUUGAACUUAUCUUCUUAUUGGAACAUCUUCAUGACAGUGAACUUGCUUUUGGAUAAUGGAGCUGAUGCUAAUAUCGCUGCAGCUGAUGGAUAUACUCCACUGCACUUGGCAGUGAUGAAGGGUAACCAAAACCUUGUCAAAUUAUUUCUGGAAAAGAACGCGGUAGUAAAUACUCAGAAUGCUAAUGGCGAUUCACCACUGCACACAGCUGUCAGCAACGGAUUUUUUGAUAUUACCAAGCUUCUGAUUAAAAAGGGAAGCAACGUCAACCUUCUAAAUAAAGAAGGAAGAACCCCUCUUUUUCUUGGUGUAAAGAACAAACAUGAACAGCUCAUCAAACUCUUGAUUGAAAACAAGGCUGANCCCUGCAUUGUGUAAUCGCACACCUUUGUUGUGGGCGAGUCUAUCAUCCUCUGGUGAGUUUAUUGAGACCCUUAUCGACCUUGGUGCUAACGUUAAUGCUCAAAGAGCCGAUGACAAAGAUACACCUUUGAACUUAUCUUCUUAUUGGAACAUCUUCAUGACAGUGAACUUGCUUUUGGAUAAUGGAGCUGAUGCUAAUAUCGCUGCAGCUGAUGGAUAUACUCCACUGCACUUGGCAGUGAUGAAGGGUAACCAAAACCUUGUCAAAUUAUUUCUGGAAAAGAACGCGGUAGUAAAUACUCAGAAUGCUAAUGGCGAUUCACCACUGCACACAGCUGUCAGCAACGGAUUUUUUGAUAUUACCAAGCUUCUGAUUAAAAAGGGAAGCAACGUCAACCUUCUAAAUAAAGAAGGAAGAACCCCUCUUUUUCUUGGUGUAAAGAACAAACAUGAACAGCUCAUCAAACUCUUGAUUGAAAACAAGGCUGAUGUAAGUAUUGGAUACAAGGAAAACUCUACAGAAAUGAGGUACAUUGAGGUGUAUGAGGGUCUCAAUGGGGUGGUGGCUUUUACGGUUAUCGGCUAAAAUUUUGACUCUUUUACGGUUAUCGGUUAAUUUAUUUCAGUUACGGUUAACGAAAAAGUUAAAAAUUAAUUUCUUUUGUUUCAAAGAGAUAAAUAUUAAUAAACCUGUAUUUUUUGUAUCUUUAAGCAAAAUAAAGAUCUUGGGAUCAUCUCGGGACGAAAUAAGUUAUUCUUUUGAACUAUUUUAAUAUUUGAUAGAUCACACUUUUAAGUAUUCCACUUCAAAUAUUAUUUUACCCAUAGGAAUGUCAAUGGUUACUUUUACAAAUCAAGGGAACAGUUUCUUUUACGGUUAACUCUUUUUUUACCCUAUUUACGACUAACGGUUAAAAUUUUUCAAUUUUUAUGGCUACGCCUAUCGGUUAAUCCCAUUAAGACCCUCUUUUAUUGCUUGCAUCUUCUAAAUUUGGUCAGCGACAGCUGGUUGUGAAGAAUUAGUCAGGAGAUUAAAGCCACUCAAAAACGGCGAAAUGUUUUGAAAGAAUAACAAAUUUGUUUAAUCAUCCUAGGAUAAGAAGCAGGUCCUGGCCCAUAUGGAGAGAGCUAAGAAAGCAAAAGUAAGUUGAAUGGCAUAUGUAUUGUAGUGUGCGAACGUUUAGCCUGCAGUACAGGCGUUUUCUUUGAGCGCGCAAUUUGCUCACGAAAGCGCCAUGUUGAAACUUCCCGAAGAGAGGAGGUAAUGGGCGAGUCAAAGGGAGCAGGGAGGGGGCGGGGAGAGAGAAGAGAAAACGCCUGCCCGAAAAUACUGUGAAAAUGAGAAACACCCCCUAAUUAGACGCGCGUGACCGCUCUUCCGGAAAUGAGUAGCCGACAAUAACAAAAAAAACCUAAACAGUCGCUCCAGUCCAAGACUUGCAUGGAGUUCAUCGUUUUUAUCUUGACUGAGUCACAAUGCAAUUCUCCCCAGCUGAUGAAGCUUCAGUUUAAGCUGUAAUUCAGUCGUCUAAAUUCAUCUCUGUAAAUCGCUAUCCGUGAGAGUUUAACAUCCUGCAAACAAUUUUAAAAACUAACGAGCUGGGCCCAGCGUGAUACAACGUUGCAGGAAAACAUCACAUUCUCGGUCUAGGAAAAAAAAAUCGCUUAGUUUUUCAGAUCCUGAGGCACUUUGGACAAAAAUAAAGAACCUAACAGCCUUAUUUAGCGUCAAAAAGAGCUUUACGCUUCAAAAGAGGUCGAAGAAAACGCUCUUGCAUCAGAGGGCAAAUCAUGAAGACCAGAAAUUCAAAAACCACAGAAAAUCAAUAAGCGUGUCAUGACCUCUCAGUGUGAAACAAGCGGCUAAGAUCACAUUUGCUCUGUCAAAACAUAGAACCCUCUAGAGAGCAUCUACUCGCCAGAAAAAAAAAACGUAUAGUAUUGGAACAAGCAGCAUUUUGGCAUGAGGUAAAAGUGGUGUAGGUACUGUGAGCAAAUCUUGUCUUGAUGACCAGUGUAAAAAUCGCUUUGACUUUCUCAUUGAGUAAUACACGCGACAUUCGCAGCCGCUCCAAUUCCAAAAGACUGACGGAAACGGAAUAAACAAUAUAGACUUACAGUUAAUUGACAGGCAUCAAUCUACUUCCCUAUGCCGCACCAAUCAGGAGCUCCGUUUGCCAGCGUACGGAGUUUCCCAAAAGAACAAUGAUANGUUAAUUGACAGGCAUCAAUCUACUUCCCUAUGCCGCACCAAUCAGGAGCUCCGUUUGCCAGCGUACGGAGUUUCCCAAAAGAACAAUGAUAUCGGGCAGGCGUAUUUUUUUUCUCCCCUCCCCCUCCCCCUUUCCUUCUUUCGCCCUCGCACCUACCGUAAGGGUUACUAUUUCUACUCUCCCCAAUCUUCCACUGUCAUAAAAACAAAGAUGGCGGCUACAACAAUAUUACGAACACGAACAAGGUUUCGCCCGCCCAAAAUACGCCUGCACUGCAGGCUAGCGAACGUUGUCCAUUUAAUCAAGGGAAAACAAAUAUGAAAACUUUAAUCAAAGAAAGAUUUAGAAAUUCCAUAUUAUUAACGUCUUUCUCAUAAAUCAGAGCAGAGGCUUAAUUAUGAGUGGUAACAUUGUCAUUUUACUGUAUACAACGGCGAGCCCACUAACAGUAGGCUUAUUUAGCAACAGAACUUGAACGUCAUUUGACGACGGCGCGCGCAAAUCAAACAAUUGGCUUGACCAAUGGCAGAGCGAGAAAUAGUGCACCGGAAGUCUAGUUAAGUUCUUUUCGCGCGCUUUCCCGUUCUGUUGCUAAAUCAGCUUAGUAGAACGAGUAGGACGGUAUGGGGGACUUUUUACAGGAUUGAUUUGUUAUUAGUGUCUCCAGUAUUUAUGCUGGCUGCAUGAGACUGGGUAAAAGUCGGGAUUUGAGGAUUGGCAAGUCUGUAGGUUCGCCCACGAAAAUUUAAAAAGUGGCCUUCAGUUUUUUUUUUUUUUUCGAGCUGACACUUGAUCAAGAAAUUUCGCUUUGUAAAGAACAUUCUGACGGACAAGGCGAAACGAAAGGACAGCCUGAUACAAACCUUCUACGAAACGUCUGCCGCCUUUUUUGAUUUAUUGACAUUUGCCGAAUUAGCCAACCAAAAUUACUUCCGUUUCUUGUUUUUUUAGUAUGCAAACUUUCCAUAUGUGGGAAAAAUGCAGACUCGCUGACUUAGAAAAAAUCUUUUAUCUUUUAAUUUUUUCAACAAAAAAUAAAACAGUUAGCACAAUCACAUUUAACUUCUUGCGAGAUUAAAAGAGAUCUCGAAAGUUAUUUCUAUUGGCGUGGAAGGUAAAAAGUUUUCAAAAAGACGGCGACACCAGAUGUUCUAGUUUUAAUGUUUUGGCUAGGCGCGCUCGAAUUUAAAACUCUGAAUUUUUUCCUUUUGCCUUUAUAUUUUCCUUGGCAGUUUUCCUCGAUUUUCAGUACAUAAAUCUUUUAAUCAAAAAUCUUGGAGAAAUAUAUCGCAAACUUUUUAAAAGGAUAUAAAUUAUCUCAGAACAAAGCAACGGGUUCUCAAGUGCAUUUCAUUUAGCUGGUUUAGUCCCGUACUUGCAAUUUGCGAAUUUACUAGAGAAACAAACGUCUAAAAAAUAUAUAUUUCUUUAUACUAGUAAAUCCAUGUAAGCAUUAUCACCUUGGAAAGCUAUGGGCAAAACGAAAAACAAUAUUACAAACACACUUUGUAGUUCUCCUUUAAUUAGUUGUGUUGUUGUUUUACUGCAGCCUGAAAAGCUCGCUAAAUUUUAUUUUAUGUAUCGAAAUUAACAAACAGCAAACAACUAACGAGCGAGGACACCAGUUUCCCUGGUUUAUUUUUUACAAAAAGCGAAGGCAAACAACAACUCUGUUACCUUUAGAGUAGCGCCACUAGCUUUUAUGAUAAUACCAACAAAAAUUCCUUGAACAGCGAUCAUGCGAUGUUUUUCGUCUAAUACUUCACAGUUGGCGCUAUUGAGGUUUCUUUCGCAAUGAACCUCCGCUUGCGUUCCCGGCUAAACUUUCAAAUAAAACCACUUCUAAGAUGGACAGUAUUUUGAUCUGCACUCGUUUGUUAGUAAAUCAAAAAGCGCCUUGUUAGCGGUCAACUACCUGCAGAAGGAUUCAACUCCGCGAUACACUCACAGUAGUUCCGCAAAUAAAGCAAAUCCAGAGAAGAUGUGAGCAACCAUAUGAAUUUUCUGAAUUUCCAUUGUACAUAUUAAGGCAUAUUUUCCUGACAGCAAAAUCAACCUUUCUCUUCGCCGACGGCGGAUCAUUCACGAAAACAACCACGAGAGGAAUAAGCGCUUUCAACUUCCGGCGUUUCCGACAGCCAAUCAGAUCUUGUGGCAUUGUUCUAACAGCCAAUCAGCGUUACGGCCCGUAACGAGCACAAACGUGAGAGAGUUUGUAUCGGGCCCAAUUUUAGCGCUGGCCGUUAAAGAGAAUGUAUGAGAACCGCUAAAAUUGGGCCUGAUCUCAGGUUAUGUCCAUCCUCAAUCCACGUGCUACGCGUGCAAGAACUUAUAAACCUCGGCUUUUCAGAAAUGUUGAACUUUCCCGCGUGUAAAAGCCAUUAUUAUUCAUUGUACCAACUAUCUGUCUUUUCAUCGGCUAAGAGCCUACAGUUAAUUUUGAAAAUCAGCGCAAUCUACAGAUUAGCAGGUAACUGACUAAUCUGUAGGUUGCGCGCGCAAUGCAGGAUUUCCAAUAACAGUAUUAAUUCAAGUUUCUUGCGAGGGUGUAUUUGUCGUUAUCUUCUUCAAAACAAUGUAUUAAAAAAAACAAUUAUUAUUAGGUUUUUGUGAUAUCCUAAAUAAUCAAGGUCUUAGUAAGUGUUACCAGCCUCGACCUUCGGCUCGGCUGAUAAUACUUACCCCGGCCUAGAUUAUUCUAGCCUGUGCCAGGCUCUCAGAUAGUAUACGUAGUGGGAACUUAUUAAAAGCGAAAUUAAGACGCGCACGACUUGGGAAAGGGGGCGGUGGCGGCGGGAAAAAUGGGAGAGAGAGCCUGUUAGCAUUCUUUAACGACCCUCUUCCGCCCAUUUUUGUCACGUCUGGAUUCGGCUGUCAAAACUGUCAACACUUCAGUUAGCUACAAUCAUUCUCAAGUUUCUUGCGUGAGCAUUGCACGCGACGCGAACUCCUUGUGCGAUGUGUGGAAAUUUAUGUCUUCGAAUUCGUUAUCCUGUGAGGACAUCCGUUUUUUUUGCUCUAGUUUAUAGCAAUAAAAGGGGGCGGUAAUUUUUUUCCUCUGUUGGGUAGGUUAUGCUCUGGAGGGUUCUACAUUGUCACUAAGCAAAUGUGACUUUAACCGCUGAGAGGUCAUGACACACAUAUCUAUUUACUGUGGAGUUUGUUUCUGGUUGGCAGGAUUUGCCCUCUGAUGAGAGAGCAUUUUCUUUGACCUCUAAUUUGAAGCGUAGCCUUUUUAUUGGGGCUGAAUAAGGGUUUUAAUUUUCUCCAAAGUGCCUUCUGGAUCUGACUAACUAAGUGAUUUUCUUCAGUCCGUGAAUUAAUGUAAUAUUUUUCUGCAAUGUUGUAUCACGCUGGGCCCAGCUCGUUAGUUUUCUUUGCAGAAUGUUAAAUUAUCAUGGAUUGUGAUUUACAGAUCCAGAAUUAUAAGAAAGAAGUGCAGCUUAAACUUAAGCUACAUCAACUAAGGAGAAUUGCAUUGUGACUUAGUAAACUCCAGCUUAAUAGUGUUUCUCCUAAAAUAGUGUGAAUCUUUUGACUGGAGCGCGUAGUUUCUCCCUUGGUAAUAGCGGAAUAAGCUUAACAGUCUUUGGACUGUUUUGUUAUUGCUACUUUGUGUUCAACCAGGACUCCGAAUUACCGAAAACAAUUUCGCACUUUCCUUCUCUCGCUUUAUUCUCGUCCUCUUCUCCCUCUUCACCGAUGCCAAAUAGCCGCGGCCGAAAAUCCAAGCUUUUUUAGUUGUUCCACUUGGUCUCGCAUUAUAGAUAUCAGCGGCGAAACGACUAUUAUCGUAGAGUUUACUAGGGUUAGAGCAGCUUUAGCCAAGCGUGGGAAUAGCUGAAAGAUUAAACUUUUGCCGAAACCGGUGGGCAUAAUACCGAAAACAUCUUUACCGCGAGCCAAGUCGCAGACACUCGUCUAAAGCACAAGACAACGCGGAUUCAUGAAGAUCACACGCGCGAUUCCCGUUAGCCAUCUUGGUGAUGACAAACUGAUGGCCACGCUACUAGGUGAUGAUGUUAACUAUCACAAUUGACCAAUCAGAGGGCGUAUCAGGAGCUGAUAUACCGGAACAGGCCGUUAAAAAAAUGCGUACAGGCUCCGCCGCCCUGUCUCUCCCCAGCCCCCGCGCGUUUUUCGCAUUUCUUAUUACUGAACGACUUUCCACUAUCUCGGAGCCUGGAACAGGCUAUGAUUAUUCCGGAUAUCACAAAAACCUCGUCCGAUAAUUGAUUGUUACUUAACGUUGAGCGUUUUUGUCGUUACAAUCUAUUAACUUUCUACAAAACAAUAAGAUAAACAAUAACUUAAGAUAAGUCAUACUACAAAAGUUAAACUAGAAUAUAGCAUACAUGAAUACACAAGCAUACAGGCGGGGACACCGCAACAGGGAGGGCCAAUUACUGCGAGCUCAGGACACAGACACAAGGCAUAGGUACGAUGAACGAGAACCAUAAAAACACUACCUAUGUUUCUCGAAUUCAAGUUUGUUUCUUUGUUUUUGACACGAGUUAGGCCUAGAAGAGGCGUGUCAGAUCUGUUGUAACAUAAAUUAAUGUAAUCAAUAAAUGCAUGGUAUGUAGACUGAUGGAUAUGUUGUUCACCUUCUGAAAAAAAAAAACCACAGGCCUCAAGAGGUUCUCUACACAAGGCUGCUAUAAGUGGACAAUACGAGACGGUUGAAAUGCUUCUUGAAAGUGGUGAAGAUGUGGAUCAAAGAGAUCAGGUUUUAUUUCAGUCUUUUUUGUUACCCGGUUUAAGAACUUAAAAGGGUAAUAUGGACCUAACAGGAAAGAUUUCGAAAAUGAUUUGAUCAAAAAGUUAAACGCUAAAAGAUUUUUAAAAUACAUUUAAAAAGUGAACGACGUUUCGGCGCCACGUUACGCCAUUAUCAAGUUGAAAAGUGAAAAAGUAUAAGGUGUAAAAUGAAUAUAUAAAAUUUGAAAUAAUACAUAAAAUAUUUGCGGGUCCAAUGGGUAUAAUUCCCAAGGUAAGAAAAAAAAUGUGCGAAGUGUCACGUAAAUAGUUUGGCGCGAAUGGAGUCGGCUUGUGUGUUAAGAGAAGGCUUGAUGUCCUUUACGUAUAACAUCUCGUAGACUAAGCAAUCAAACUUGCUGUUACAUUUCCUCAGAACUUUGAAAAGAUGGUCAGCCUUUGUUCUGUUGUUGUCAUGCUGUGUUUUAAGGUGUUUCCCGAUGGCUGAAUCACGGUGUUCACUUAUGCGUUGAUGUAAGUGUCGGGCAGUGUACCCGACAUAAUUUGCAUCGCACAAAUCACAUUGAAAUAAGUAUACAACGCAUUGAGUGUUGACGAUCGGGGGCUUGUUUGGCUUGACACUCAUGAGGGUUUGUGAGUAGACAGAUUUCUGCUUGUAAAGAAGGAUUUUUCGUUAACAUCGAUCUUGGCUCCCAGAGAAUAGAUAUCUUUGCGUACGCGUAGAAAUGCUCGAGCAAAGUGUUAAGCUCAGCCAGCUCAUAAUUUUCUAUUUCAUCAGUAGUUUCCUUAUCUACGUACCAAUUCUUCCAAACAGGAGCCAAAAACCAGUGCUUUUCGCAGUGUUUUCGUUUUUAGAGCAGUUUUUUUUUUUCAGCUCCUCUACAGUUGUUUCGGUCGCAAAAGCAAAUGUGUUGCAAACCAUUGCGGUUUUUGCUUGAAACUGGUCAGAAGCGGAUCCAAAUUUUGCGCCAUUUAGAUGGCGCAUUUGAUUGGCUCUCAGUGAGUUCCUUUGUUUAUUAACCAAUCAGAGUGUCACGUUUGUUACUCUUUUCUGCACUAAAUUACCUUUUUUCUGCACCUUGUUACCUAAAAACUGCAUUUCUUUUAGCCAAUCACGAUCGAGAAAUUUUUUCAUGUAUAUAGUCCAAUAAAAGCCUCUAGUUUUAUUUUAUGCAUGACCAUCAUUAUUGCUGAACAAGCUGACUUCUUUCACCCUUUUCUAAUUGUUUUUCCCCCUCCCUAUUUCUGUAGUUUUCUCUGACUCCUCUUCAUCUUGCCUGUUGGUAUGGACAGGAAUCUGUUGUCCGGUUGUUACUAGAGCAUGGUGCGAACGUCAAAGCUGAGGACAGGGUGAGUUAGUGAGUUUUUUUUUCCAUUGAACAACGAUAGAGAGCAUUAUAUGAAGGAAGAUCAUCGCAGUUAUCUACGCAAUUUUUGCAGUUGCAAAAAGAAAGCCUGAAAAAAAGUCAGGCUUGUACGGGAUUCGAACCCUUGACCUCUGUGAUACCGGUGCAGGGCUCUACCAAUUAAGCUAACAAGCCAACUGGGAGCAGGUCGUUGAGUUGGUUCGUUAUAAACCCGUGAAAGGAUGAUGGUGAAGUUAUGAAAAUAUGAAAAUCAUAUAUUCAUAACUUCAAUGAUAGCGAGCGUAAGCAACAACGAUGGCGACGUCAACGAGAACGGCAAAAAAGCAAAAGGUUUAUUAAGCAAAUCAUAGCCUCUGGGAGGAGAUGUUUUAUGCUUAAAGGUCGUCAUUAGAUUUUGUUACACAGCAAUUAAUUUAGCUCACGCUACAAAACGUACUCUACUUAAAUGUUUUUAGUUUCAACGUACACCUCUGCAAAAAGCUGAACGUCAAAACCACCACUCCAUAGUGCAGUUGCUGCUGAAGAAUGAUGCUAGGCCAAGUCUUCAUGAACCAGUAAGAUAUCAGAUUUUGUCAGUCUUCCCUAAUCCAUUUUGCCAAACGUCGUCUUUCAGAUGGAGUUCUACCUAAUUUGUUUAACGUUACCUAUACAUCAUCGUACUAGUCGCUUCUAUCUUUUAGAUACCUUAUAUUUGUUGUUAUUUAUGGAAUUACUUUCCCGGGAACCUUAGAACAGAAGACCUAAGCCUGUCUUUCAUCAAAAAACGUUGCGGAGAUUUUUACAAAAAAAAAUAGCCUGCGAGCAAGCUCUCCGGAGCACUCUGGCGGCUGGGCGGUAAUGGAAGAAGAGCUUGCAACUACGUCUCUGGAAUUUGAAUAUCUGCAUCGAAAAAUUCGAUGCGAAAUGCUGAUUGGCGGAGAUGACAUUCGUAAUGACGUCAUUGCCCUUGGCACUUGUUUUUGAAUAUUGCUUACAUUCGCGCUCGUUUCCGCUUCGCGCUUAUUGGCGGAAAUCUGACAGCUCAGUCUACGGGGAGCCACAGGGAAAUUGGAGGUGGAAUUCAAAUUCCAAAGACGUAGUUGCGAGCUCUCCUUGCUUUUCCUGCCCCGCCGCCAGAGCGCCCCGGAGAGCUUGCUCGCACGCUACAAAAAAUAAGAUUAGGGAGGUUGAUUCUUAUCGCCCACAUGUUACCUGGGCAUAAAAAUCAUUUAUAUGUGUUACUUUUUGUGACAACUUUUUUUUCUUUUCUGUUUUUUUUCACAUUGUAAGUUAUAUUUCAGUUGAGUCAGGAUUAGCCCGUAUGGUUCUUCUGUUCUAGCUUGUUCUAAACUAGUCGUUCCCCGUCGCUCUCCACGUGUAUGCAGUGAAAAUCGAUUAAAUUCAAAUUAAAAAUUUUAAAAUCUAAUUCAAAUUAAAAUGUGUCUAUUUGCGAUACACGGGAACACCAUUACUGCAUUUUUCAAAAACACGCAAACUCUGAAGUUCAAAAGCCGCCUUCACAAUUAAGUUUUUCGCUGCCGUCAAUCAUAAUUCCAAUCACAAGCAACGAACCUUGAAUCACAGAAAUAUACAGCUUCGUACCCAGGCCACUUCGCGCUAUCCGAGUUACCAGAGGAGGCUUGGAACCGAGUGCGAUAGUCCUCGGCGAAUUUUCCAGACAAGCUUGACAGGUGACGUCUCAUCCGAAAUAGCCGAGGACGACUGGGAACGAGGCUGAGAAAUAUACACAAAACGGAUCGAAAUCCACCAAUCACAAAUUACAGACCAUGACCUUUUGAACCCAUUGAAGUAAACGUCUGUUUCCUAAGAGGACCGCUAAGAAUAUUAUGGCAGCGAAAAACACAAACGUCAGUUGACUUUUGAACUUCAGAAUUCGCGUGUUUAUGAAAAGCGCAGUAAUCGGUUAUAUUGCAAAAAGGUACUUUUAAGCAUUAGAGUCUCAUGAAAACCAUCUUUAUUAUUUUCGCUCAUGAACGUAUCAUUUUUAUUAUAGGUCAGUCUAAGGAAACUCUCGAGAAAAGCUUUCUUGCAAGUGGAUAAACAAUCUGGAUUUAAUCUGCUCCAGGCUGCUGUCUUAGACGGAGAAUACAACAUUGUUUUAAAUGCUCAUGGCCUUCUAGACAAAAUUGUAGAUGAGAUGGAACUUGUAACAACGGGAAAUAACGCCAAAGAGUUUCCAGGGAAGACUGCAGUUGACAUCUUAUCUCUUAUAAAGAGAAGAAAACCAAGUCAUCAUAGAAUCGAAAGACUUUAUAACGAGUGGGCUAGGGACGACAGUAGACUGACUGAACUGCAGUGGGCUACAUGCCAUGAUGAUGCGGAAGAGGCAGUUGAGUUUGUAUUAAAUGACGGUGUAGAUGUUAAUGCUCCAGGGUCAAACAGUGAUUGGACAGCUUUGCUGUGGGCGAGUCGUUCAUCCUCAAGUCAGUUCAUUGAGACCCUCAUUGAUCUUGGAGCAGACGUUAAUGCUCAAAGAAAAGAGGGAAAAGAAACUCCUUUAACAUUAGCAGCUGACUGGAACAACUACAUGGCAGCGUACUUGCUUGUAAGACAUGGAGCUGAUGUAAAUGUACAGAUUAGUAAUAGGUUCACAGCACUGCACUUAUCAGUCAAAAAAAAUCACGAAAAUCUCAUCAGAUUAUUACUUGCAAACAAAGUGGAUGUAAAUAUUCAUGAUAAAGAUAAACAUACACCACUGUUCCUGUCAGUCCAGAGAAAUGACGAAAUCCUCGUCAGAUUGUUUCUUGAACAUAACGCAGAUGUAAAUAUGAAAGAUUAUUCUGGAGAUACACCCUUGCGUUGGUGUGUCAGAGAGGGUAACGAAAACCUCUUUAGAUUGUUACUUGAACACACCGCGGAUUUAAAUAUGAAAGAUUAUGCUGGAGAAACACCCUUGCGCUGGUGUGUCAGACAGGGUAACGAAAACCUCUUUAGAUUGUUACUUGAACACAACGCGGAUGUAAAUAUGAAAGAUUAUUCUGGAGAAACACCCUUGCACUGGUGUGCCAGAGAGGGUAACGAAAACCUCUGUAGAUUGUUACUUGAACACAACGCGGAUGUAAAUAUGAAAGAUUAUUCUAGAUAUACACCCUUGCACUGGUGUGCCAGAGAGGGUAACGAAAACCUCUGUAGAUUGUUACUUGAACACAACGCGGAUGUAAAUAUGAAAAAUUGUGCUGGAGAUACACCGCUUCAAUUAUUAGUUCUUGACCCUCAUAUAUUUAACGGUGAGAUAAUCGAUCUCCUGGUGACGUAUGGGGCGCAAAAUAUAGACAUCCGUGACGCAGAAGGCAGAACUCCUCUUCAAAUGGCAGUGAAAUGUGGUAACGCGCAAGCUGUGAAAAAGCUCAUUGACCUUGGAGCUGAUGUUAGUGUGGUUGAAGCCGAUGAGACUGAUGCCAGAAGACUGAAACGCUUAAAGAAUGAAGCUGAAAAACUCACAGAGUCUCAUCCCAAAUCAGAGAAAAUCCUGAGGCAAACCACCCCCUCGUCUACAUAUACAACAGAGAAAAUAGAGGAAGAAGAGGAAGCUGAACAAAGGAAAACCCUGGCAGUGAGGCACCACAAAAAAAAGGCGACUACAUCUUCAAGAACAAAUAAAUGCGUAAUGGCUUGAAUAUUAAGAUUUUUCAGAGUUGUGUUUUUGAGAAAGGCCCGGCUGUUUAGUCCGUAAAAGAGAAAAGUUUACUCCUAUUAAAAGCUAACAUUAAACUAGUUUGUACAAGAUUAAUAACAAAAUUGACGACAGUAACUAUAAUCCUCAAUGUUAAUUUGAAAAUUGUAAAAUCGACGCUGUUACAAGAGCUUUAACCGACGUUUUGGCACUGCUGCCUUCUUCAGGGUGCAAAAAUAUACACCGUUAA